UUUAUGAGGCUUUUAAAGAUUGACAUCUUUCACUUAAAAAACUCUCUGCAUGUUAGUUACUUUUUACAUCCAAUUCAAUCAUAUCAGAAAGUUCAUCUCAAAAGAGGAAAGCUGAAUCUAAAAUUAUGUUCACGACCAGCCGAAAAUUUGUUACUCUUGAGGAUGAUCGUAUAGAUGAGCUAAAAGCAUUUGAUGAUACAAAAGCUGGUGUUAAGGGACUUGUGGAUUCCGAGAUAGUGAAAAUUCCACGUAUCUUUAUCCAUGAUAAGAGCAAGAUUAACCAAUUUCCAGUAUCCUGCAAUUCUCAGCUAAGUAUUCCGAUCAUAGACUUUGCAGGCAUGGACGAGGAUGAUUGUAGGUGCUCUGAGAUCAUCGAAAAAAUCAGAGGUGCUAGCGAGAAUUGGGGAUUCUUUCAAAUAAUCAAUCAUGGGAUUCCAACUCCUGUUAUCGAUGAUAUGAUGGUUGCCGUAAGAAGAUUUCACGAACAGGAAAUUGAGGUGAAGAAACAGUAUUACUCAAGGGAUUUUUCGAAGAAGUUUAUAUACAACAGUAAUUUUGAUCUAUUCCAAGGUCCAGCAGCUUAUUGGAGAGAUACUCUUGAAUGCAUUUUGGCUCCUCAUCCACCUGACCCAGAAGAAUUGCCUGCUGUCUGCAGAGGCAUAAUGACUAAGUAUGCUAACUACGUAACGAAGUUGGGGCAUAUUCUUUUUGAACUACUGUCGGAAGCUUUGGGGCUCAAACCCGAUCACCUCAAUGACAUGAAUUGUGCCGAGGGGAUUCUACUUCUAGGCAACUACUAUCCAGCUUGUCCUGAACCAGAAUUGACGGCUGGGCUUAGCAGCCACACUGACAGUGGUUUCCUAACUAUAGUACACCAAGAUCAAAUUGGCGGCCUACAAGUCCUUCAUGAGAACCAGUGGAUCAAUGUCCCCUUGCUCCCUGGAGUGCUGAUUGUAAACAUUGCAGAUCUCUUGCAGCUGAUCACUAAUGAUAAGUUCAAGAGUGUUCAUCACAGAGUACUGGCAAACAAGACAGGACCUAGAGUUUCAGUAGCAUGUUUCUUCAGAACACAUUUUCGAGAUGGAAUUUCUUCGAGACUGUAUGGACCAAUCAAAGAGUUGUUAUCAGAUGAAAAUCCUCCAAUCUACAAAGAAAUCACCGUAAAAGAAUUCAUUGUGCAGAGAUACAAGAAUGGUCUCAACGGAAUUUCUGCAUUGUCAAGUUUUAAGCUCCAUAAACAGGACACAGAGCAGUAAUAGACGAGAAUUUAUGAUUAUGCUGGCCAUGAAAAAAAAUUCAGUUUGAGGGUAAAAAAGGUGUUUUCUGAGGUUUAAAAAUUAGGGUUCAAUUGUAUUUUGGGCUAAAAUAAGCACUUUUGGUUGAGUAGCAACUUGUAUCUGAUAAAUUUAUUAGAAAUAUAUUAAAAUUUACCGAACUACAUAUAAAUUACAUAUAUUGGCAAUA